CUGAAGCUGUUAUGGACCCUGAUGAGAAUCACCUGGACUAAGCAGACCAUACCAUCCGAGUGGCAGAGGGCAGUGGCAGUCUCUAUUCCCAAACAACAGAACGCCAAGACCAUCGAGCAGUUCAGGAGCAUAGCUCUACUGAAUGUGGAGGGGAAAAUCUUCUUCUCCGUGAUGGCAAGAAGAAUGACCACUUACCUCACGGAGAACAACUACAUCAAUACCAGCUGUCAGAAAGCCGGGAUUCCAGGUUUCCCUGGCUGUGUAGAGCAUGCUUCCAUGAUUUGGGAACAGAUCCAGACCACUAAGAGGGAGAAGAAAGAUCUGCACGUCAUAUGGCUAGAUUUAGCCAAUGCCUAUGGGUCAGUGCCACACCUGCUCAUAGCCUACGCUUUGGAAUUCUUCUACAUCCCAGACAACAUCAGGACCAUGAUCAUGAACUACUACCAGGACAUGCACAUGUGCUUUGCACUGAAGAAAGUCACCACUGGUUGGCAACAACUGGAAGUAGGGAUCGCAAUGGGAUGCUCCAUUUCUCCCAUCCUCUUCGUGGCAGCGUUUGAGGUCAUCCUGAUCGGGGCAAGGCAGGUGGUGGGUGGGGUCCGGCUGCCUGCAGGUCAGAGGCUCCCACCCCUAAGGAGCUAUAUGGACGACAUCACUUGCCUGCUACGAACUGCCCCAUGUACAACCAGGCUGCUUAAGAGGCUGGAUGAGCUGAUCACCUGGGCCAGAAUGAAGUUCAAGCCGCAGAAGUCAAGGAGCCUCUCAUUGCGAAAGGGGGAGAGAAAUGACAGAGUCACCUUCACCAUCAGCGGGGAAGACAUCCCCCGCAUCGUGGAUCAGCCCAUCCGAAGCCUGGGAAGACUUUAUACAUCUGGUCUCUCAGACAAGGAUAUGGGGAAAUUCAUCCUUCGGCAGCUGUCAGAAGGCCUGUCUAAGAUCAACGCAAGCCAGCUACCUGGAAAGUACAAGGUGUGGUGUUAUCACUUCACCUUGUACCCAAGGGUGAUGUGGCCUCUGAAGCUGUGCGAAGUCACCUCAUCAGCAGUAAGCCGGAUGGAGGCAAAAGCCAAAUGGCUCGGCCUACCACGGUGCUUUUCAGCUGCUGGUCUGUAUGGAUGGAACUCACUCCAGCUACCCCUGAAAUCCAUCACCUUGGGCUAUAGGCAGGAGAAGGCAAGGCUGGUGAUGGAAUUAAGGGACUCCUCCGACAAGGCAGUUGCUGAUGCAAAUGCCAGAGUUGAGACUGGAAGGAAAUGGAGGGCUAAGGAGGAGGUGCACAAGGUGAUGGGAAGGCUGCAACAUCAACAAAUUGUGGGCAUGGUCCAGACAGGGCGGGCAGGCCUUGGAUGGAGCGAGCCACCCAUCCUAUGGUCCAAGGCAAGUAGGAAGGAGAGGAAGGACCUAGUUGUUGCAGAGGUCACCAGGAUUGAGCAGGAGGAGCUCAGAGUAAGGUCUGUGGCACAGGGACAGCAGGGGCGGUGGACAACUUGGGAGGGUGUCGCGAGCCGAGCAAUUAGCUGGGCAGAGUUCUGGAAACUACCACAGGCUCGGCUCAGUUUCCUCAUUAGGGCAACAUACGACGCCCUCCCAAGCCCUAAAAACCUCCACCAAUGGCUUGGAACAGAGCAAUCCUGUGACCUCUGCGGGACCAUCAAUGCCUCACUCCAGCAUGUUCUGUCGGGCUGUAAAACAGCACUGACACAGGGUCGGCUCAGAUGGCGGCAUGACCAAGUGCUCAGGAAGCUGGCAGAGGUGCUGGAGAAAAGUCGGCAGGAGGCAAAUAAUCAGAGUCCAUUAGAGAGUCGAUGUAAGAUCCACUUCCUCAGGCAGGGGGAACCCGCAAUGCAUACCAGCAAGAGACCACCCACCAAGCUAUUAACACCAGGGGCGGGGUGGAAGAUGGAAGUAGACCUGGGAAGGCAGCUCCAGUUCCCACAGGAGAUAUGCAGCACCACAUUAAGACCAGACGUGGUGCUGUGGUCUGCAGCUGUGAAGUCAGUGAUACUGAUCGAGCUGACAGUGCCAUGGGAGGAGGGACUGGAAGCUGCCUACGAGAGAAAGAAGGCGAAGUAUGCAGACUUGGUCGCGGAGUGCAGAGAAAGUGGAUGGAGUGUGAGGCUGUACCCGGUGGAGGUGGGAGCCAGAGGCUUUGUGGGCAGAUCAAUAUCAUGCCUGCUCAAGGACCUGGGACUACGGGGAGCCACACUGAGCAGAUCCACCAAAGAGCUCUCUGAGGAAGCGGAGAAAGCAAGCCACUGGCUCUGGCUGAAACGACGAGACAAGGCUUGGGGAGUAACAUCGAAUUAGGGUUUGCUGCAGGGGGUGUCAGGGAGACGUCCCUGUUCACUGCCCCGCCACCAGGAGACGUUCUGGGUUAAGGGGCGAAACGUCAAUGAGCGGUGGUCCCCAGCUGAAGACCCUGCAGAAAAACCAUGUGGUAUGCGGUCAGGUUUAGGCCUGCCUCAGGGAAGAGGACGCCCCUGCCAUGCAUAGUCCACCAUAGGCACCGUAGGAGGUGCGACAGGCCUAAGGUCCAGCAGAAAGACCACCUCGCUGUAA